AUGUCUCCAAAGUCUUCCGAGUUUUUCAAGCCUGUUGAACUGAUUUCGGAUGGCAAAGCUGGAGAUGCAUUUGAUAGGGCUAAAAAAGCAAUAACCACUUCGGUUGGAGAUAAAGUCUUCGAUGACCUCAAAGGUAUCACCUCAGAAGAGGAACAAAAGAUCAGUACCAUUCGUGUGACGGCUCAAAAAGCUGAGGCUACAUUCGUUGCAAAAAUCCAACAAUCAGGUCGUGAAUCGCCCGAGGGUUUGGAAUACUUUCGUGGAAUGAUCAGUAACAAGGUUCUCAAAUUGACUGCGCUUUUACUCAUCAUGGAGAGCGAUAUUGAGAAGAAUGGGUCAACUCAUGUUUCUUCUGAUACACCAGAUGAAGUGAAAAAACUAUUGAAUAAGAACAUCUCACUCGAUAAGGCAGCCGCUGGUCAAACUCAAAAAGGAGUUGAUGGUUGA